AUGAAUCCUGACCUUCUGGAUACCGGAAACUUCAGCCUCACUCUGAGAAAACCUCACCUGUCUGAUAGUGGAAACUACACCUGCACCAUCUCUGAUGGAAGAGUAGAGCUAAAACUGACACAGGUUCAGCUGGAGGUCAAAGACAGCCUCACUGAGGUGAAGGUGAAGGAAAAGGCGGAGUCUGUUAUUCUGCCCUGUAGAACCAAAGCUGUCCUGAAUAAGGACACGCUAGUGGAGUGGACUCGUUCUGAACCAUAUUUUGGGUUCGUUCACGUGUUUCCAAAUACAAGUAACCACUACAGGCAACAGGAUGACCUUUACUGCGCUCGCACAGAGAUGAACGUAGAUCUGCUGCAGACUGGAGACCUGAGUCUGACCCUGAAGUAUCCCACAGACAGAGACAGUGGAAGCUACAUCUGCACCAUCUACAGAGACCAGGACAUCCUAAGACAGAGAGUCGUUCUGCAUCACGUCAAAGAAGUCCCUGAGGUGGUGGUGGAACCAGGGGUCCAGUCUGUUGAGCUGCCCUGUAAAUUUAAAGAUCAGCUGAACUGUGAGGUCACUGAAGUGGUGUGGGUGAACAGCAGAGGCAGGAUGGUCCAUAGAUACGACCGUGACAAAGACCCCCCUGAAGAACAGUUCUAUACCUACAGACAUCGAACAGAAUUAAAGACAGACUUUAAGAAAACAGGAGACUUUAGUCUGACUAUAAAGUAUCCCACAGACUGGGACAAUAAAUUCUACACCUGCAAAGCCUACAGAGAAGACAAGACCAUCCUGAUGAAGAAACGAGUGGAGCUACGGGUCAAAGACUGCCAGGUGGAGGUGCAGGGUGCGUCUGUCCAGCUUCCCUUCCAGACGACACCUGAGCUUCUGCAGGAAUCCAGAGUUGAGUGGUCGUUAGUUGAACCCAAAUACAGAACUGUCUGUGCAGUAGGACAAGGAUGUGACCCACCUGGAAAACAGCAGACAUAUAGAAAGGGAACCAAGAUGAAUGAAGAUCUGCUGGAAACUGGAGACCUCACUCUGACCAUGGACGACAUCACAGAGGAUGAUUAUGGAAAAUAUAAAUGUGUUAUCUCUGGAAAGCAGGGAAUGAUCCUGCAAGAGAAAACUGUUCAAGUUCGGAUGAUUGGGGGAGACCACGACCAGGACCAGGACCAGGACCAGGCCCAACAGGAGGACUUCAGGACAAGAAGCGAUUCCACUGAUCCGACCUUUCUGAUGAAAUGUUAAAGUUAUCAGAGUUUUAGUAAAGCCCCUGAAGUCUCAGAGCUUUCCUUCCUGCCCAGCGUCUGGAGGCCAGGAUGAAGGAAUCAGGAAUCGUUUUUGCUGAUUUAUCACAUUUUAUAUUCUUUACAAAAACUGGAUUUUUUUUCCACCAAUGUUCUCCUUUAAUCCUAAUUCGUCCCUCUUUGCUCUCAUAGCUGAUAAACCAGCUCACUGUAUGAAUGAACAGCUGCAAGCAUUUACUGGCUUAUAUCUUCAUUAUUUGGUAGUUUUAGAAGCACGUCCCACAGUUUGAAUUUCACUACCUUUUAAAUUAAAACCUUAAAUCCAGGGUCUAUUUAAUGUAUAAUGUUUCUUUAAAAUGGACUCACCAGCUAAAGAGGCGAAGGUCACUUCCAGAGAAGAUGAAAUAGAUGAUGAUUAGAUUACAUGAGCUUUAUUGCUCUCACAGCGGAGAA